GCCAGGCACUAGGACCCAGCAAUGAACACCCUCAUCCCUUCCUUGCUCUCUCUCCCCUGUGACAAGGAAGUUGCAGCUCUCUGACAGUAAGAUCUUACAGAAGACCACAUUUGCCAUGGACCCUGUCACAAUUGUUCUGUCCGCUGUGGUCAUCCUACUUUUGACCUAUGUGUAUAACAAUCAGAAACAAAAUUCCAAGAAUUUCCCCCCAGGACCAAAGCCUUUGCCCAUCAUUGGAAAUUUACAUAUGAUUGACAAGAAUAAACCGAUUAAUACAUGUUUCGAGAUGUCUAAGAAAUACGGUCCAGUAUUCUGCCUUCAUUUGGGCUUGCUAAAGAUGGUCGUCCUAAGUGGUUAUGAUACGAUCAAAGAUGCUCUAAUCAACCACGCAGAGGAAUUUUCUGACAGACCUGUUGCCCCAAUCACGUUUAAACUGGUAAAGGACAAUGGUAUUCUCUCUGCUAAUGGUGAGAACUGGAAAGUAAUGAGACGAUUUACUAUAUCCACAUUACGAGACUUUGGGAUGGGCAGAAAAAGUUUAGAAAACAAGAUUAUUGAAGAGGCUGCUUGUUUAACACAGGCCAUUAAAUCCUAUGGAGGAAAACCGUUUGAUAAUUUGACCGUCAUUAACGCUGCUGUAGCCAAUAUAAUAGUGGCCUUACUUCUGAAUCGAAGAUUUGAGUACGAUGAUCCAGACUUUCUGAAGCUCGUGUACUUGGUUACUAACAAUAUAAGACUCAUGGGGAAACCUCUUGCCUUGCUGUACAAUUUUUUUCCAUCAGUGAUGGACUGGCUGCCGGGUGUUCACCAAACCGUCAUUGAAAACCUUAGGACGUUGCAUAACUUUAUAAGAGCAACAUUUAGAAAACAGAAGAAGGAACUGGAUGUAAAUGACCAGAGGAAUCUGAUUGAUGCUUUCCUGGCUAAACAGCUAGAGGGAAAACCAGAAUCCACUCUGUAUUACCACAAUGACAACCUGACUGCACUUAUUGCGGAUCUAUUUGGUGCCGGGAUGGAUACAACCACAACCACUCUGCGAUGGGGCUUCCUGCUAAUGAUGAAAUAUCCAGACAUCCAAAAAAAAGUGCAAAAUGAAAUAGAAAGAGUGGUUGGAUCGGCUCAACCUCGGGUAGAACACAGGAUACAAAUGCCGUACACCGACGCCGUCCUACAUGAAAUUCAGCGGUUUGGUGACAUCUUACCGGGUAGUGCCCCUCACUCAACUUCUCAAGACGUCACAUUCAGGGGCUACUUUAUUCCAAAGGGGACUCUUGUGUUGCCAUUUCUGGCCUCCGCACUGAGAGAUGCCGCCUACUUUGAAAAACCAGAUGAGUUUUACCCAGAACAUUUUCUGACCUCAGAAGGACAAUUCAAGAAGAACGAAGCAUUCAUACCAUUCUCAAUGGGUAAAAGAAGCUGUGCUGGGCAAAUCCUGGCUAAAAUGGAGCUAUUUCUGUUCUUCACAGCGCUGCUGCAGAACUUCACCUUGCAGGCUCCUCCCGGAGCGCAGCUGGACCUUUCCCCUGAAUUGGGCGCAACUAAUGCCCCGCAACCUUAUGAUACCUGUGCUAUACCCCGCAGCAAGAACAUGUUUUUUUUAGACUUUCAGCAACAUAAUUGCAUCUGAUUUUCAUAUUUUUUAAUGUUAAGAAAUACUUCUAAUGUUGCAGCUACUGGUAACGAAUUUGUAAUUAGUGCUUUGGCUUACAGGUACGAUGGGUAAAUGUUCAUUGCUUUGGGUAGUAAUACCAUACCUCCCAACUUUCAUUAUCAGAGACCCCGAAGUUCUCUGGCUGAAAAUGGGGCGUGGCUUUGUGGUAGUGCCACAUCUGCCAGCCGAGCUUCCAUUAUCAUCAAUGUGGCGGCAUGCCCAGCGCUCUGUGAGCAGCUGACGUGCGCCCAGUCCCUCCAUCUCUGUGAAAAUAGAUGCUGUAAAUAGACAGCAAGACAGUUCUAAAAUAAAAUGGGACUGUCCUGUGAAA